ACAUUUCCUUUUACCGUAAUUUUGAUAAUUUUGAUAUUUUAUUUACUAUGUUAUGUUUUAAUUGUGUUUUAGCUUUGUAGUUUUAGGCUGUUAAUGUAGUUGUAAAAUCUUAGUCAUUAUAUACACAUAUAUAUCUAUUCUAGAAAUUUGAUGUAAAUUAUUUUCAAUACAGGGCCCCUAUGGAUACCAGCCUUAGAGCUGAAUGGGCUACCCUGUGUAAAUAAAGUUUGCUUUGCUUUGCUUUGUUAGCCGAGGUCGAUAAAAAAAGAGUCCUUUAUUUUGCUCUGUUUGCUUCUCUCCGAGGUCAUCAGAGAAAAAAAAAUACACUACCGUGACUAACUCUGGCGUACACAACAACUUCAUUUGGGUUUUUGUAAGUAGUUCACAAUCUUGAUAUUGAACGUUCGGAUGGAGCUCGAUGUUUUCGGAGAAAUCACUUUUUCUCGACGCAUAUCGGUCGAAGCCUUAAACAGUUAUUUUUCGUGGUACCUUGACUUCGUUGGACCCUCUAGACCCGCAAAAUAAUCCAAAUACUGAAGGUUCACAUCAGGCACGCCUUCGGAAGAAGCCAUUUUAAAAGCUUAGUCGUCCCCCCAACAUGGCGGCCGCGUAUGAUGUUGCGAAUUUUUGUCACGUGGUCGAAAACAAAGAAUAUUAGACUUUGAGAGUAAGUAAGGCAAUCACUCCAAAAUUUCUUUGAUUGAGGUUUGCGAAAGUGCAGAAAUUAAUUCGAGAUAUAGAGACAUGUCAUCAAGCAAUUCUUUCAAUUCUUUUGAGGAAAGGAUACCUUUGGUGGAUCUUGGGCCUCGCUCACCGGAUGUGGUUAGGCCUUGUUACUACAUAUUACAGGUCCUCGGCAUGUGGAAGCCUUCGGACGGAAAAUUUGAAUUUGCCUGGCGAGUUUAUCGCGGAUUUGUGAUCUUUUUGUGGUUGGGAUCUCUUGCAGCUGUUAAGUGUUUGGAUUUUAUACAUUACGGCUUCAAAAAGGAAACGAUUCACCUGGGUGAAAUUAUGAACAGUGUUCCAACCUGCCUCAAUCGACUCUGUCCGUUCAUGUUCACCGUGUAUUAUUUUAACCGUGGCCAGUUUUUGGAGCUUGUUUACAGCGUACAAAAUGUCUCUCAUGAGUGGCAGGAGAGGUUAUGUCGUAUUGCGCGAUGGUAUACCAUAAUGUCAGUAUCUCUUUGGGCUCUUGGGGCCGCAUUUUUCAUAAUUCACUGGCUUCCUUUCUUCUCCGAAUGGUGGCACUAUGCAGUCUAUAUAACCGUUGUUGUGUAUGCUAUAGGCUGGUGGGCGACGUGGCUAAGCAUCUAUGGAUUUGUUUGCCACGUUCACGGUUUGCAAAUUGAUACUGUUAUAGAACAAGUGAAGUCUCUUGAAUUAAAACCGACAGCAAUUCUGCAAAAACAUCAUCAGUUACAAACCUCACUGGAAACAACACAGGCAGAUUUCAAUCUGAUUAUUUCUUUUGCUUUAGCAUACCAUGUGGUCGAUGUGAUCACUUUUAGCUUUGCUUAUUUUAGUUCUUCAUUCGGUGCAAAUUAUAAACUCUGGCAAUAUGCAGGGGGUGUUCUUUUUGAUUUGGUGAGCAUUGUUGUCAAACUGUACCCCCCAUCGGUAGUGGCAGGUGCUGUUCACCGCAUGGUUAUCCAGGCCUCAAAGCGCUGUCAGUUAAAGGUGACCCCCUGGACAACAGAUCUACCUGUUGAAAAUAUACAGUUAUUCCAGUACAUGGCAUUAUGUGAGUCAGAUAUGGGUCUUAAAAUUCUUGGAAUUCGUAUCACUGUAGAUCUGACGAUGAAGAUUCUUGUGACUCUUACAACAGGUGCUGUAUCAUUUGUAGCAUUUGUCAUUCCAAAGCUUCAGUAAGGGUCACCCUUACAAUGACCAGAAUGCAUUAAGUGUGAUUGGCUUUGAAAAACUGCUCAAUGCAGACACUUGUUACUUAAGUGUCACUCAGCAGAACUCCUAAAAUCCUGAGGGAAAGGGUAUGAAACCAACACCUGUCUCUUGGUAGUAUUGUCUACUUAAUGCAGGUAUACUGAGCAUUAGCUGUUAUUUGUUAAUUCCCAAAUCAAGAUAGCUUAAGCUGAUGAAUAGAGAAAAGCAAAAAAUAGUCUACUUAUUUAUUAAUUUUAGUGUCAUAUGUUGUGCUGGUCAACACAACUUUCUCUGGAGGUUAUAGGAAGAACCAAAGACAAUUUGAGCCCUGAAUAAGAUAUUAUGGGGAAUGAAAUAUUGUCAACUUGGAGCUAUAUCAAGCAAAACAUGAUCAUUUUACACACAAUAUGAACACAACCAACUCAAUGCAACAUGUGUGGAGUAAUCAUCAACCUACCAAAUCUGGACCUCUCGUAAGGCACUCCAUGGAUUCUUUAUUAGGUUCUGCCUUAUUUCAGACCAAAACAUUCAAUUUUCAUGUCAUUUUAUUUGCAAUCACACACUCUUGGGCCACACAUUUCACUCAUGUCUGAUUAGAUGGCAGGUGGCACAGCCAAUUAGAUUAAAGCAUUUGUGAUGAAAUGCUGGUAGAUCUAUACUCCUUGGGUAUCUUACUGUUUUAGUUAUAAAGC